GGUGCUGUGGCCGCUGCGAUUGGCUCGGGUGCGGCGUGGAGCUGGGCUGCCAGGGAAGCAAAGAUGCUGGAACCACAGGAUAAUGACGUGACUGAUAUGCCAGAUUAUGACCAGAUAGAAGAUGAAACUUUUCCUCCUUUCCCACCUCCAGCCUCUCCAGAGAGAGAUGGUGAAGGAGCUGAACCAGAUGAAGAGUCAGGGAGAAGUGCCCCUGUUCCCGUACCACCAAAGAGAACUGUUAAAAGGAAUAUACCCAAGCUGGAUGCUCAGAGAUUGAUUUCUGAGAGAGGGCUUCCAGCAUUAAGACAUGUGUUUGAAAAGGCAAAAUUCAGAGGUAAAGGCCAUGAGGCUGAAGACUUAAAGACCCUAAUCAGACACAUGGAGCAUUGGGCACAUCGGCUAUUCCCUAAACUACAAUUUGAGGAUUUUAUUGACAGAGUUGAACACCUAGGAAAUAAGAAGGAAGUUCAGACAUGUUUAAAACGAAUUCGACUUGACCUGCCUAUUGUUCAUGAAGAUUUUGUGAGCAAUAAUGAUAUAGAAGAGGAAAACAAUGGCAAUGAGGUGACCACUAUUGAAUUAGAUCCCUUUACUACAAAUUCAUCUGGAAGUGAGAAGUUUGCUUCUGAGUCAAGUAGAAACCUAACAGAUGAGCAACAACAAAGAAUCGAGAGAAAUAAACAACUGGCUUUGGAAAGAAGGCAGGCAAAGCUCAUGAGUAACAGUCAGUCCCUUGGAAAUGACCCGUUUGUGAUCACACCCUCACAGUCUGCUGAAGGGGCUGAUGCCAGUGAGGGACCACCGGAGCUGGAGUUAAAUGAAUUUCACAGAGAUGCUGUAGACAAUCUGCAUGAUGCUUCCGCUACUGAUACUGGAACUGAUAUGGAGGAAUUACAGUGAGAAACACACUGAAAUAAGAGUUAAUACAUUAUGGAUAUUAUAGGGCCAGUUAACUCUAUAACUGGCUGUUCUCAAGUUGUAGCUUGCUCUGUAUUUUGUCUUCUGUUAAUAAAAAUCCUUACAUACUGAAA